UUUUUCCCAGGACAGAGAGAGCAGAGGAGAGUUCAGAGGAGGACGUUGGUCAGUUUCAGCUGUGGGCUCAGGCUUUGAUGCAGGUCACCUGAUCAGUUUUACUAGAGCAGAUCCUGAUUCACCUUCAACACUAUUAGGAAAACACCUUGCUGAUGACAGUUAGAUUGGACACGGGUUGCCCCUGCUGUGGCAGGCGUCUCAUCUCACGAUUUCUCUUUUUCUCAACCAUUUGAGGAUUAUAUGCUGUAAAUAUUCAGUUGUUUUGUCCUGAAAACUCAUUUGAACUCUCAUUACUUGGCCAUUACCUGCCAGUACUGGGACUGGGCCAGAAGAUCCCACGAUGAGUGUCAAAAUGGAAGACGUGGAGAAGUUCCUGGAUGGAAAUCCAGAUUUUGCCAGGAGCUAUUUUGACAAAAAGCUCAAACCUGGUGCCGUGGCCUCGAUCAUGCAAAUACCGGAGUCGAAAGUGGAUGUGAACAGUUUUAAGGCCAUAAGCUCGAUAGAAGAAGGAGCGAUGUUCUACGAUCUCAUUACAGACAUGCAGGAGAACGUCAAUAUGGAGAAGGUGAUUUUUAAGAUUCUACAGAGGAUCAGCGCUCUGAUCCAUGCUGACCGAUGUAGCCUCUUCAUGUAUCGACAACGGAACGGCAUCGCCGAGCUGGCUACGCGUCUCUUCAACGUUAAUAAAGAUUCUGAGCUCGAUGACUGUGUGGUGCCUCCAGACUCUGAGAUCGUCUUCCCUCUGGACAUCGGUAUAGUAGGACAUGUGGCUCAAACCAAGAAGACUGUCAAUGUGAAGGAUGUUACAAAGGAUAGUCACUUCAGCACAUUCGUUGACGAACUUACUGAAUACACCACGCGCAACAUCUUGGCCACGCCUGUUAUGAACGGCAAGGACAUAGUAGCCGUCAUCAUGGCAGUCAACAAGACUACUGGACCCCAUUUCACAGAUGAAGAUGAGGAUCUUUUUUUAAAGUAUAUGAAAGUUGGCUCUCUGAACCUGAAGAUAUUUCAUCUGAGCUACCUUCAUAACUGUGAAACACGUAAAGGACAGCUGCUGUUGUGGUCAGCUAACAAGGUGUUUGAAGAGCUCACAGACAUUGAACGACAGUUUCACAAAGCUUUGUACACCGUGCGAGCCUACCUCAACUGUGACAGGUACUCUGUGGGCCUGCUGGACAUGACCAAGGAAAAGGAGUUCUUUGAUAUUUGGCCAGUGUUGAUGGGAGAGCAGGCACCUUAUUCGGGCCCUGUAACUCCAGAUGGAAGAGAAGUAAUUUUCUACAAAGUUAUUGAUUAUAUUUUGCACGGAAAAGAGGACAUCAAGGUCAUACCAAAUCCAACUCCAGAUCAUUGGGCUUUGUCUAGUGGAUUACCCACAUAUGUAGCAGAAAAUGGAUUGAUUUGCAACAUCAUGAAUGCAGCAUCAGAGGAAAUGUUCAACUUUCAGACGGAAGCUCUGGAUAGCAGUGGAUGGACCAUAAAGAAUGUGCUGUGUCUGCCAAUUGUCAACAAAAAAGAAGAAAUUGUUGGUGUUGCAACUUUCUACAACAGGAAGGAUGGCAAACCAUUUGAUGACCAUGAUGAACAACUCAUGGAGGCUUUGACACAGUUUCUGGGCUGGUCGGCCCUCAACACGGACACCUACGACAAAAUGAAUAAGCUGGAGAACAGGAAGGACAUUGCCCAGGACAUGGUGCUUUACCAUGUCAAAUGUCGAGAUGAUGAGAUUCAAAAUAUCCUUAAAACAAGACAAUAUUUUGACAAAGAGCCAAGAGACUGUGAGGAGGACGAGCUUUUGGAGAUUCUGAAAAAAGAGCUGCCUGGCCCAAAAAAGUUUGAGAUCUACGCCUUCCAUUUUUCAGACUUUGACUGCACUGAACUGGAGCUUGUAAUGUGUGGGAUCCAGAUGUACUAUGAAGUUGGGGUGGUUAGAAAGUUUCAGAUCCCUCAGGAGGUUUUAGUGAGAUUUAUGUACUCCGUCAGCAAAGGCUACAGGAAAAUCACCUACCACAACUGGCGCCAUGGCUUCAAUGUUGGGCAAACCAUGUUCACUUUACUCACGACAGGCAAACUGAAGAGGUAUUACUCAGAUUUGGAGGUGAUGGCCAUGAUCACUGCUGGUUUCCUGCAUGAUAUCGACCACAGAGGCACAAAUAAUCUCUACCAAGUGAAGUCCCAAAAUCCUCUAGCCAAGCUGCAUGUAUCCUCCAUUCUAGAGAGGCAUCACUUGGAUUUUGGCAAAUUUUUGCUAGGCGAUGAGUCAUUAAACAUCUUCCAAAACCUCAACAGAAGACAAACAGAGCAUGUCUUCCACCUCAUUGAUAUUGCCAUUAUCGCAACUGAUCUUGCCUUGUACUUCAAAAAGAGGACAAUGUUCCAGAAAAUUGUGGAUCUCUCUGAGACAUAUGAAGAGGAGAAAAAAUGGGUGGACUUCAUGUCCCUUGAAACAACAAGGAAAGAAAUUGUAAUGGCGAUGAUGAUGACAGCGUGUGACCUCUCAGCUAUCACGAAGCCAUGGGAGGUGCAGAGCAAGGUUGCCCUCUCUGUAGCAGCUGAAUUCUGGGAGCAGGGUGAUCUUGAGAGGACUGUUCUUGAGCAACAGCCCAUCCCCAUGAUGGACAGGAACAAAGCUGCAGAGCUGCCAAAGCUUCAGUGUGGUUUUAUCGACUUUGUCUGUACUUUUGUCUACAAGGAGUUCUCUCGUUUCCACAAGGACAUCCAGCCAAUGUAUGAUGGCAUUCUGAACAACCGGAUGAAUUGGAAAGCGAGGCAGGAGGAAUAUGAGUCGAAACUAAAGGAACUGGAGGAGGCAGCUAAAGCCAAACAGGGAGCAGCUACCAACAACGCUGCAAAUUCCAGCAGCACCAGUGGAUCAGGGUCCAAGACCUGCUCCAUCUGCUAGAGAAAAGACAACCGUACAGAGGGCAGGGCAGUUCAAGAUGCAACUUAGCCUCUGUUACGUCAAAUGGGGGGAUGCAACCUGAACCCCAGGAUCCCCAAGGAUCUAACCAAGAGUGAGUGGGAAAACACUAUCAAUGCAUUAAAUGCUAUCAGCAAACCACAAGACCACCUGCUAACCAAAACACACGUUGGAUCUUGCCUACAGUUAGUAUUACUGUUCCAUUGUGUUUCCUUUGGGUCAUAGUGUUUGGUUUAAGCAUUUUCAUUGGAUGGUAAUCAAUUUUAAUUCAUCACAAUGCAGUCUUAAAUGCACCACAGGAAAAUUCAGAGGUGAACAUUGCAAAUAUGGUUCUGAUUUAUCCCCCAACCAAUCAAAAAUAUUAGCAUCAUCUAUAAAUUACUUUCAGUUCCUUACUGGUGAUCAGUUGCUAUUUAAUAUCAAGCAGGUCCACGACAAGUUCACGCAU